UUCAGUGCCAAGUGGGGUUCCUGGUGUUGAGAUCAGCAGCUUCAGAUACCACAGGUGCAGCUCUCAGACCUCUGACUGUGAGGUCACCAUCUACUGGCAGCCAGUUCCAAAAAUGGAGUGUAAUGGGGAGAUAACUCAGUACCAGGUGACGCAGAUCGACACAGAGUCGGGUCAGAUGCAGGAGUUUGAGGUGGAAGGGUCAGACACAUCACUUGACCUUGGGGUCAAGAAGGUCAGACAGUACUUGAUCAAAUUGAAGGCCAGGACUCUGGUUGGAUAUUCGGAACAUUAUACAUCUCUGGUGAUUCCAGCAUACCAAGACAAGUUGCCUCCCCCUACUAACAUCUUGGUUGAGGCCGAGGGUUCUGUUCUGUACAUCAGCUGGGGUCCCCCAGAACUCUCCCAGAACUCCCCCGAGGAGCGGAUCCUUGGGUACACACUGUACUACUGUACUGGCUCCAAGUUCACAUACAAAUGUGAGGAUCCUGUUCAGUGGCUCCACCUUCCCAACAAUCAGACAUCCUUCCAGUGGACAGUGCCUGGUGGUGACCUUGACAACAAGAUGAUUGGAAUCUCUGUAGAGAUGGAGACAUCCAGACAGAAAGUCAGCAGUGGCCUGUUAUGGAAUCAGUGUGUGUACAGGCAGAAGGAUCUUCUUCCUCCACAUAAUGUCCGUUUUUCACGCAAACAGCCUGACAAUGGCCUCCAAGUUGACUGGGACAAGUUUGUGUGUGCAGAAGACCCUGUAUAUGUCAGCCACUUCGUGUUGUCUUACUGCGUCACCAACAGUCAGGCUGAAUGUGCAGAUCCACCUUUGCAAGUCAACGUGUCCAACAAAGAUGUGAGCCACAUAAUCCAGGGACUGUCAGCAGGAGUGAAGUACAGGGUGACUCUCCGGGCGGUGUCCAGGACAGGGGAGGGGCCAGACAGCGACCCUAUCAUCAAAAAGGUGACAAAAGCUGCAGGUUACAUGUGGGUGGUGGUGCUGGUAGUGGUGCUGGUACUUGUCCUCAUGGUGUUGGUCUUUUGUGUUUGCUACUGGAAGGUACGCAAGGUGACAAAGAAAGGAUUCUACUUGCCUGUCGAAAUGCCUGAGUUUCCUCCAUCACAGAUUACUGCAAGUAUUGGGCAACAUGAAUGUAAUCCAAAUGCCGUAGUUGAAGAUAACAACAACAAUUCAACAAAGAGGGAUGUGUGUGUCUUUCCUGAGACAGUUUUUCUGUCACACAUGGAACAUCAGGAUCAGAGUUCUACUUCUGGAUCAAGAGCAAAGAGCCACAUGAAGCUACACAGAGAAGAGGGAAGCUCUUCAGAUGCAAGUGCAAAAUUGUCCUCAACGGGAAACAAAUCUGUAGAAACUUAUUCAAAGGUAGACUUGCCAAGCGUGUGUACAAACGCAGAUAACAUGUCUGCCUGUCUGUCCAAUCAGGACUGCCUAAUUUCUGGACAGAAUUAUUCACCCGAGAUGGAGGUUCAACUUGGGUUUAUGUUUGCUUCAUCACCAUUUCCAUUCCAUGUCCUCAAAACUCAGUCACCCACGCUCCCCACUCUGCCACCCACACUCCACCCUCAGUCACUCAAACCCCACAAUCAGCCACCCACACCAUACAUUCAACCACACACACCCAAAACUCAGUCACCAUCACCCCCCGGUCUGUCACCCACACCCCACAGUCAGCCAACCACACCAUACAUUCAGCCACCCACACCCCCAACUCACUCACCCACACCCAACAUUCAGUCAGCCACACCUCACACACUGUCACCCACACCCAAUGCUAAGCCACCCACACCCUACCCUCAGUCACCAACACCCCACACACCGCUAUCCACACCCAACACACAGUCACCCACACCCCAUGCUCAGCCACCCACACCCCAUGCUCAGUCACCCACACCCCACACACCGUUAUCCACACCCAACAUACAGUCACCCACACCUCAGCCACCCACAUCCCACCCUCAGUCACCCACACACCCCGCUCUGUCACCCACACCCCACAGUCAGCCACCCACACCAUACAUUCAGCCACCCACACCCCACGCUCAGCCACCCACACCCCACCCUCAGUCAUCCACACCCUACACACCAUCAUCUACACCUCACACACCGUCAUCACCCACACCCAAAGCUCAGCCUCCCACACCCCACUCUCAGCCACCCACACCCCACUCUCAGUCACCCACACCCUACCAACCAUCAUCUACACCUCACACACCGUCAUCACCCACACCCAAAGCUCAGCCACCCACACCCCACCCUCAGUCACCCACACCCCACACACCAUUACCCACAUUUAACACACAGUCACCCACACUCCCCACUCAAUCAAACACACGUAAUUCUUUUACCACAGACCCUUUCUCACUUGCUCAUCUUCCCACUGGCCCAUCUACACAACCCCAAACUCCUCCUACUGUUACAAGAGCCUAUCUAUCAAACCCCUUUGUCCCUCCUUCACAUUCACAAGCUCCUCAUAAUGUUAUCACCCACCAAUUGUCAAACCCUUUCCAACCCUUCACCUCACCCACACAGUCACAAGCCACUACAGCUAUUGCCACAUGUCUCCCACCCAGCUGUCCCCCUGCCACACCCCUACCAUCAUGCACCCCCACCCAAGCUCCCUGUGCAGGGUAUGUGAGCCAUGAGGAAGCUCUGAAUCUGUGUCAAGCCAAGAAUCAUCAUGAAUGA